CACCCCGCCAGCAGCUCGCCGCCUGAUCCCGGGAGGCGGGAGGGAGGAGGGAGGAGCACCGCUCGUCCGGUCGGGGAGGCGUUCCCCUGCGCCGGUCGGGGCGGAGGGGAGAUCCGCCCGAUCCGCUGCUCCGGGGUCGCCUGCUUCGGCGUUCGUCGGCUGCCGAUCGAUCCCGUUUCUUCGGUGGACUGACCCGAUGGAGCGCGCGAGCGAGAUGAGGCCCGUGCACAACAGCGUCGACACCGUCAACGCGGCCGCCGCCGCCAUUGUCACCGCCGGGAGCCGCAGGCAGCCCACCGUGGAGCCGAGAAGGAAAUGGACUGAUUGGUUGAGCGCAUACUUCUGCUUUGGAGCUCAAAAGAAUGACCGGCGCAUCAGCCAUGCGGUCCUUGUCCCAGAAUCUGCAUCUCAGAGGAUAGAUGCACCGGCACCAGAAAUUCCAAAUCAUCCACCUCCCCAGGUCUUUCCCUUUGUUGCACCUCCAUCAUCACCCGCCUCUUUCCUCCAAUCAGGAUCUGCAUCUAUUAUACAAUCACCAAUGGGCCCUCCAUCUUUUUCGCCUCGCUCGCCAAACUCUCCGUCACCCACAGGUCCUCCAUCCAUCUUUGCUAUUGGGCCAUAUGCACAUGAGACACAGGUGGUCUCCCCUCCAAUCUUCUCGGCCUUCACAACUGAACCUUCAACAGCUCCUUUCACUCCCCCACCAGAGUCUGUUCAUCUGACAACCCCUUCCUCGCCUGAGGUGCCAUAUGCGAAGCUUCUGACUUCACUCAACAGCAGCAAGAAUGGGGAAAGGGGUGAACUUCACUCAUACCAUAUGUACCCUGAGAGCCCAAUAGGGCGUCUCAUAUCUCCAAGCUCUGCUUGUUCUGGCACCUGCUCCCCAUUCCCUGACCCUGAGUUGCAGACUUCCUCACAAAGCACUUUCCCCUCCUUCCCAGUUCGUGAGCCCCCAAAGAUCCUGGAUGGCGAGGGCAUUGCUACACAGAAGUUGAUACCUCGCCAUAUGAGGAAUGGCGGCUCCCUUUUGGAUGGCCACAUUACAGCAGCUGUACCAGUCGUGGACUUCUCUGCAAGACUUCAAAACAAUGAUCAUGCUAUGGAUCACCGGGUCUCAUUCGAGCUGACAGUAGAGGAUGUUGCCCGCUGCCUGGAGAAGAAGACCGCGAUUUCUGGAGAAUCUGCUGCAUCAUCUUUCCACCUUCCAUCCAGCAACACGGGCGAUCACUCCAGAGAAUCCAAUGAGACAAGGGCAGGGCUCUACGUCGAUGAAACAUACCAUGACCUGCCUGAGAAAGCACGGCGCUCCCUGUCCCUCCGUCUUGCCAAAGAGUUCAAGUUCAGCAAUGUCGAUGCCCCUCAUGUGGAGGAGACGGGCGCGCUCGGGUCCGACUGGUGGGCGAACGAGAAGGUGGCCGCGAUCACAACUGAGCCGAGGAAGAGCUGGUCCUUCCGUCCAGUGGCGCAGCCAGGGGUCAGCUAACCGCCGCACUGACCAUAACCUUACAACAGGAAGAUACAAGUUUCUUUUUGCUUCUUUUGCUCCUGCAAUGCAAACAGGAAGACACCAUCAUCUCAACUGCAGGAGACGCCAAAACCUAUGCAAACGUUCAGGUUGUAGUGGCAAGUUAAAGGUUAGAUAUAGUGGUAAGUAAUUCAGUGUCCAGCUAAUCAUCAUUCAUAUAAAGAACCCAAAGGUGGUGAUGCAGAUCCUGGAACCCUCCCUCCAUGUGUUGUUGAUGUUGUUGUUAUUGUCGUCGUCGUCGUUAUAAAACCAAACCGCAAAUACUUUUACCGUUGUAGCAGCGUGUGUUGUAAUCCUGUUUUUAACUCACUUGCUAGCUGCUGUUGGACUGAUGAUGCUGUUUAUGUACAUAAUAAACCUAGCCAGAAUUGUAGAA